AUGUUCAUCCUCUUCCGGUGGACGCUGUACUUCCUCGGCGGCUACAUCACCACCAUGCUGACCUUUUUUGGCCUCUACACGUUCCUACCAAACCCUCCGCAAAUUCUAGGGUUCAUCGCCCGCGUAUUAUCCGCCUACCUCACGCUGAUCAUCUGCGCAAGCUACGGAACAAUUGCUUCGGGGGUGUUGAAGUUGAUGGGUCUGCACUAUGCCUACGGCCAGUGGACAACGGCCAGGGCGUUCAAGCAUCUGGGCAUGUAUACCAUGGGCAUCAAGUUCGACAUCUUGGACAACGGCGAAGAGAUUUUGAACCGCACCCGUCCGGCUGUCUUCAUCACGAACCACCAGACGGAACUUGACGUGCUUCUUCUCGGCUGGAUCUGGCCCAAGCACUGCUCCGUGACGGCCAAGAAGUCUCUGCGCAACAUCCCUUUCCUCGGCUGGUUCAUGACACUGGCCGGGGCCGUCUUUAUCGACCGUGUCGACCGAACUCAGGCAAUGAAGGCGUUCGAAGGUGCCGCGAGUGCCAUGAAGGACAAGAGACAGAGCGUUCUCAUAUUCCCCGAAGGAACCAGAAGCUACUCGUCGGAACCCAUGUUGCUGCCUUUUAAAAAGGGCGCUUUCCACCUAGCAGUUCAGGCCGGUGUGCCCAUCGUGCCUGUCGUGGCGGAAAACUACAGCCACGUGCUGAACAUCAAGGCCAGAAGAUUCAACAGUGGAACGAUACGAGUAAAGGUGCUUGACCCCAUUGACACUAAGGGUCUCACGGCCGCUGACGUCGACGCUCUCACACGGGAUACACGAGAGAAAAUGUUGAAUACCAUCGUCUCUCUUGGCCAGGAUAAAGCGUCUCUGGCAGCGAAAAAGACGGCUUGA